UUUUCUGUUGUUUUCUUCUCAGCCCCCAUGACUCCCAUUAUAACACGGCGGCAGCAGUUGCAGGGAGUAGCCGCCAGAGGGAGACAGAUGAGACCGUGUGAGCAGGGAGCGAGCAACCAGAGAGUCUCUGUAGCUGUUGCCAAUUCCGCCUGUAACAAGUUGCGCAAUUGGGUUAUGUUUUGUGUUCUCAUUACCAGUCUCUCGUGUGUGCGCUGCUGCCGCUGUGCGGGGCCUCUGCGGGUUUUAUACACAUUCAUUUUUAGGACACCCAGCGGACCGGAAGUCCCGGUCCCGCCCCGAACACUGCUGCUGUCUGACCUAGCCCAUCAGGUGCACAGUCCACUCUCCUCCUCCAUGUUUCGCUCGUCCUUGCACCGUUUGCUCUCCACAUCUGCCUGUCCUGGAGGAUCUUACAGGAUGUAUAGUUUAAGGGGCGUUCAAACUACCCCGAAACUUCAAGGCAAAGUUGCUCUGGUAACAGCAUCAACAGAGGGGAUCGGCCUGGCUAUUGCCCGGAAACUUGCUCAAGAUGGAGCACGGGUUCUUCUGAGUAGCCGGAAGCAACAAAAUGUGGAUAAUGCGGUGCGAGAACUAAAAGAAGAAGGACUGGAUGUUGACGGGACAGUAUGUCAUGUGGGGAAAAGCGAGGACAGAGAAAGACUAGUAAAUACGGCUGUGCAGAAAUUUGGAGGAGUUGAUAUCCUUGUUUCUAAUGCUGCAGUAAACCCAUUUGCUGGGAACAUUUUGGACUCCACUGAAGAGGUCUGGGAUAAGAUUCUGGACAUUAACAUAAAAGCUGCAUUCCUACUGGUGAAACUUGUGGUGCCCAAAAUGCAGGAAAGAGGAGGUGGCAGUAUUGUGCUUGUCUCGUCUGUGGCAGGCUUUACCCCAUUCCCAGCUCUGGGCCCAUACAGUGUCAGUAAGACGGCAUUGCUUGGCCUCACCAAGGCUCUUGCACCAGAAUUAUCCCCUCUGAACAUCAGAGUAAAUUGUCUUGCACCUGGUCUCAUCCGCACCAAGUUCAGUUCAGCUCUGUGGAAGAAUGAAUCAGUCUUGGAGCAACUAACGACCUCUCUAGGUAUUAGCAGAAUUGGGGAGCCAGAAGACUGUGGCGGAGCAGUCUCCUUCCUCUGCUCUCCUGAUGCUGCAUAUAUCACCGGGGAAACUGUAGUGGUUUCAGGAGGUGGACACUCUCGUCUAUGAGCAUCACACUGAAAUGUUUUAUCCUCACUACUGUAUCAUUUGGUCUGACAAUAAAUUUUCUAGAAUGGUCCAAGUUUAUUAAGAA